AAUUGUUUUAUUCUUUUACGUAAGUGAUAUAACUCUUAGAUUGCAUCAUUACAUUUCCUGUUGCAAUACUUGACUUUUUAACCUCUCCAGUCAUCUCACUUGAUACAGCUAAAGAUCACAGAGAUGAAUGUGUGAGUGUUGUGCUCAGCUGCAGUUUUAAUCAAGGGUAUGUAUACAUUUCUUUUAUCGCCAUGAGCACAUUAAACAUUCACUAUGGCCGCACAGGUUUAUGCUGGGGCAAUAUGAUUGUUUCAGACCUGCUGUUGGUCAUUAUCAUCUCUUACUUUCAUCUUUCCAUGAAUAAUAUCCUAAUGAGUAGAGCUGUUAAUAUCAGCUGGUAUGUCACAUGUUGCAUUUGAAAACAGCGAACUUAAUUUACGUCAGUAACCACAACCAGAGUUUCCUGUUCCUUACUAGCUCUCCUCACGUCACACAGAUGAACAGCACAGAAGGACAUGUUCGCUGCUUAGUUGCAAUACUUCAUAAAGGACCAAAAAGAACGUCUUUUCUGAUCAUGAACAUAUCAAACAGCACCACACAAGAUGAACAGGUGUAUGCUGGGGUCUUUGGCUGCAUUAUGGUGAUAGGUCUGCCACUCAAUGCAGUCGCACUGUGGAUUCUUCUUCGCCGCCACAGCCUCAAAUCGCCCAACGCUGUCUUCAUGGUCAACCUGGCACUCUCAGACCUGCUAGUCAUCAUCUCUUUGCCCAUGAGGAUCUACUUUCACGCCACCCGUGAAUGGCCUCUGAGCAAUAUGGCGUGCCAAUUCAUCACAAUGCUUUUUCGCAACAACCUCCGCUCCAGCGCCUUCUUCAUUACUUUCAUCAGCGUGGACAGAUUGCUGGCUGUGGUUUAUCCUCUGAGGUCACGCCAUCUUCGAACUUCAUCUAAUGCCUGGAAAGGAGCAGCAAUGGUCUGGCUAUUUGUGCUGGUAUUGAAUGUUCCAGAGACUUUGGACUUUCUAAAAAAUGCCAACAGUAGUUGUUUUGAUUUCAGUCCUGAAAGGAGACCAGGUUUAACUAAAGGUAUAGCAUUUCUAUAUCUUGUGUUAAUCGUCACAAUGCUAGCAGUCAACAUUGUGUGCACUGUUACGGUGUCUUGGGUACUGCGUAGACAUCUCAGUGAUUCUGCGAUCAACAACAAGAUGAAUGUAAUGCUGAUCUUUGUCAUGAACUUGGUUUUGUUUGCUAUCUGUUUCCUACCUUUGUCAAUAGGUGUAGUUACAGUUAAACCUACUGAAUUAAAGCCAUUGAUAUGUCUUAGUGCUGUAAACUGUUGUCUAGAUCCAUUUUUAUAUUACUUUUCCUUUGAUGGCUUCUGGAAGAAAAAAGAAGAUGCGGAUCCGGCAAGAGAGCAGUAACCUUAGGACAUGCCAUUUCAAUGUAUAAUUCCAGUCAUAUUAUGGUUCCUAUUUUCCAAAAAAAGUGAUUGUGUAGCCAUGGGACAGGUAUUUUGUUCAACUGUAUUGGGAGGUUUUUUUUAAUUUAUUUUUU